AUGGCGCCUACGCCCCCGAGCGUUGCAGAGUGGCCCCCUGAUGAUCCGGGCAAGGUCCUGCUGCACCUAGACAUCUCGGGCGGCAGCGUAGAUGAUGUCUGGACGGAUGUUUUUGCAUCCAAGAGCCAGCUCCAGGAGAAGCUGCACCGGCUGAGAAAUGACGCCAACGUGCAUGAGUCGCCGUGGGUGUCGCAGCGUGCAGAGCUGCCGGCGGAGCUGUUUGCAUGGGAGGCGCCACCCGGAGCGGCGUUGGGCGCGCCCGCUGCCGGAAAGAUGCGCAAGGUGCGCUUCGACGCGCCAGCCAGCGCCCUGGGCAAGGGCUUCUCCAGCGACGAGGUCAUGCGGGUGCUGGCGCACCGUCCCGGCAGCCACUACGCCGUCGAGUCGGAGGUCUUCACCACCGCAAUGUACGGCGACAAAUUUGCGGUGCUCACGCGCGCCACUCUGGCCGCGCGCGGGCCCCGGCGCUGCGUGCUGCACGUCGUGUACGCGGUCGCGUUCUCGCCAGCGCUGACGAGGAUGCUGAGGCCCAUCAUUUCGAAGGGCGUGGACGGCGGCAUCCGGGCGUCAUUCCAGGUGCUGCGGCGCCUGCUGGCUGAAAAAUACGAGCUGGCAGACUUGGCAGACGACCCCUCGCCGCCCGCCGUCGAGGGCGCGCCCUCGGAGGAGGCGGAGGCGGCCGCGGCCCACAGGCCCCCAAUAUCAGCCGCCAUGCCGCCCCCGGCCCCUGGCCCCCUGGGCCUUGCCGACGUGCUGGCCUACCGCGACCUGGUGGCGCGCCUGCUGCGCCUCCACGACCCGGGUGCGGCGGCCAAGGCCCUGGCGGCCGUGCUCACCGUCGCCACAACAGCGGCCCUCGCGGCCGCGCUGCGGCCGGCGCAGGAGUGGUGCCUCGGCGGCGGCGGCGGCAGCGGUGGCACUUUCCUGCAGCGCGCGGCGUGCUUGCCGGUGACGACCGGGCUGGUGUCACUCCCGGGCGGCGCGGGUGAUGUGGUGACCGUGCUGGCGCUGGUGGCGGUCGCGAAUUGGUUGCUGAUGGCGGGCGCUGAGCUGGCGGAUGCGUACCUCAG